AUGAGGGCAGAAGUAGAACCUGAAGCGAAUUUCUGCUGUCACCUCAAGGUUCGAUAUUAUAUGCGCUGUUAUGGGAUGCCUUCCUGGGAUGCUAGAGUGGCAUCUGUAAAUAUGCUCAGUUUUAAUAUAACCUUAUUUUUUUUGGCUUAUGGGCCAUCUGGUCCACUGAAUUAUUCUGUUUUCUUUGUCAGUUUAUUGACUUAUCUUGCAACACUUUUUGCUAAUUUAUUACUGAUGCUGGUGAUCUACCUUGACACAAGUCUACACAAACCUAUGUAUAUAUUUCUAUUCAAUUUGGCAUUGAAUGGACUCAUAGGAAGCUCAGCUGUCCUGCCUAACAUCAUGAACAACCUUCUUGAUAAUAUGAGAUUCAUAUACUUUGACAACUGUCUGUUUCAAGUAUUCUGUGUAAAUAUUUAUGCAGCAUGUGCAUAUUUAAUAUUAAUGGUUAUGGCAUAUGAUAGAUACGUUGCUAUUUGUAAGCCAUUACAAUAUCACAACAUAAUGACAACAAUAAAAGUUAAGCUACUUCUAGGCUUAGCCUACAUUUUUCCAAUUUGCCUUAUAGGUACCCAAAUAUACCUUACUUCACGGAUGCCUUUGUGCAGGUACACUAUAAACAAGCUGUUUUGUGAUAACUUGGCAAUUGUCAGCCUCUCUUGUUUUAAGAGUAUAUUUGCAGACCUGUAUGGUUUAGCUUUGGUAAUUAUCUUUGUCGUUUUUCCUUUGUUAUUUGUGGUUAUAUCAUAUGUAAAAAUCUUACUUGUUAGUUUGAAAGCAUCAGCAAAUGCCAAAAAAAAGGCUUUAAAAACUUGUCUCCCACAUUUAAUAACAUUUAUAAAUUUUUCAUCAGCUACUCUUUUUUCUGUAAUAUACAAUCGAUUAAAUGAUAAUCUUCCAAAGGAGCUUAAUGUAUUCAUAUCUGUACAUUUUAUUUUGAUCCCACCCCUCCUGCAUCCAAUUAUAUAUGGAAUGAAAACUGAAAAGAUUAGUCAAAGUUUUAUAAAGCUUCUGCAUAAAAGAGUUUUUGCCCUUGAAUUUCAUUUUCAAACAAUUAUGCUGGCAGAACACCCAAGGACUCUUUGUAGAACUUUCCGUUCUCUCGAACCGUGUGGAUCUAGCCUUUCCCUGGCGUUCUACGGAUCUACUAUCCUUACCUUUCUGAAGGACUUCCUGGAUUCUAUUGGCUCUCCCGUUACGACGUCUGUAAUGCAUAUCUCCCGAUACAUUCUGGAUUACUUUCCCUUCCUGGUACCUUCAGUGUUUUUCCUGCUCUUCUCAGUACAAACUUAUUGA